CUUGGCUUGAUGCUUAUUUCUGUUAACUCCAACAUUAUUGAGAUCUGCUUCUUGGCUUGAUGCUUAUUUGUGCGUGUUAGUGAAAACAUUAUUAAGGAUUUGGUUGGUGAACCUGUGGUUUCGUUCUACAAUCAUAAAUGAAUUCUGCCAUGUCUUCAUCAUCAUCAUUUAUGAUUGCCUCUUCCUGCCGCCAAAAUCUUCAGAGCAGAAAAUAUUUUCUUUUAGCACCUGAACCUUUUGAGAAGAUUGGUAUGAUAGAUGCACUCCAAAAAUAUAACCGUAAGGAAAGGAAGGUAUUAAUUUCAAGUCAUUUGGUGCCUGGACAUUUGGAUGCAUCGGGUACAAGAAAAAAGUUUCUACAUGAGCCAGUUCCAAAGUUAGAAUUUGUGCGCACACUACUAAUUGACAACUAUGACAGUUACACUUACAAUAUAUACCAAGAGCUCUCAAUCAUUAAUGGAAUGCCUCCGGUGGUGAUUCGAAAUGAUGAGUGGACAUGGAAAGAAGUUUAUCAUUACCUGUACGAAGAAAGGGCAUUUGACAAUAUUGUUAUAUCACCUGGUCCUGGUUCUCCAACAUGUCCAUCAGAUAUAGGAGUUUGCCUGAGGCUCUUGCUUGAAUGCAUUGAUAUCCCGAUACUAGGCGUCUGCCUUGGUCACCAGGCAUUGGGAUAUGUGCAUGGUGCUCAAGUUGUACAUGCACCUGAACCUGUCCAUGGUCGUUUGAGUGAUAUUGAGCACAAUGGUUGUCAAUUAUUCCAUGAAAUUCCUUCAGGAAGAAAUUCUGGAUUUAAGGUGGUACGGUACCAUUCCCUUGUAAUAGACCCGAAAUCACUUCCAAAGGAACUCAUUCCUAUAGCUUGGACCUCAACGGCUGAGACACUCCCUUUCCAUGGUGUCGAGCGAUCCAAUUCAUUCUUAAAUGCGUCCAAAGAAAAUGAAGAUAUUUUUAAUGGGAUGUUGGAGUUAUCAGAUGAUUCAAAGGAUGUGCAAGGUGGAAAAGUCCUCAUGGGUGUCAUGCAUUCUAGUAGGCCGCACUAUGGAUUGCAGUUCCACCCAGAAAGUGUUGCAACAAGUUACGGAAGACAGCUUUUCAAGAAUUUCCGGAAAAUCACAGAGGAUUAUUGGCUCCUGUUGACGUCAACCUCCAUCAAGGAAAGAAGGGCUCAUUAUGCUGCAUGCAUGCAGGUGCCUAAUCUAGACCCGCUGUCCCAAAGUGUUGCAAGACGUGGGCAUCUGGUGAAUAAAUUGAUUGAGAGGAGAACUGCCGAAGUGGAUGGAACCUUAAAUCUAUCACAUCCAGGUCACUGUGUAAAUUUUUUGAAGAUGACAUGGAAAAAACUUGAUUGCUCUGUCAGCCAAGUUGGUGGAGCAGAUAAUAUUUUCUGUGAGCUAUUUGGAGAUCAAAAGGCUAAAAACAGUUUUUGGCUGGAUAGCUCUUCAAUAGAGAAGGGAAGGGCUAGAUUUUCCUUUAUGGGGGGAAAGGGUGGCUCCCUCUGGAAGCAACUUAGUUUUAGAUUGUCAAAUCGAAGUGACAGAACGUGUAAAGGAGGUGGCCAUCUAUCAGUUGAAGAUGCUAAUGGUCAUGUUAAUUGUAAAUUUUUGGAAGAUGGAUUUUUUGAUUAUUUAAAUAAGGAGCUCCUAUCAUUUUGUUUCGAUGAGAAGGAUUAUGAAGGAUUACCAUUUGAUUUUUAUGGUGGUUACAUUGGUUAUAUCGGGUAUGAUCUUAAAGCUGAAUGUGGUGUGGCAUCUAAUCGUCAUAGAUCAAAAACACCAGAUGCUUGUUUAUUCUUUACAGAUAACGUUAUUGUCAUUGAUCAUCAGUGUGAUGACAUAUAUAAUUUGUCACUACACGAUGGAAGCACAAGUACUACUUCUCGCUUGGAAGAUCUGGAGCAGAGGCUGCUCAACUUGAGAGCUUUUACGUCCAGAAGGCUACAAUCGCAGGCAUCUCGAGGAUUGUCUGUAGUCGAACUAAAAUCAGGGUUUUCUGCUGAGAAAUCAAGAGAGCAGUAUAUCAAAGACGUUGAGAAUUGUCAAGAGUUCAUAAAAGAAGGAGAAAGUUAUGAGUUGUGUCUUACAACUCAGAUGAGAAUGAAGUUGGGGGAAAUAGAUUCUCUGGAACUUUAUCGUAAUCUCAGAGAAAGAAAUCCUGCACCAUAUGCUGCCUGGCUUAAUUUUUCGAGGGAAAACCUAAGCAUAUGUUGUUCAUCACCUGAAAGGUUCCUACGAUUGGAUAGGAAUGCUAUUCUGGAAGCAAAACCCAUAAAAGGGACUAUAGCUCGUGGUUCCACCCCAAAGGAAGAUGAAUUUCUGAAACUGCAAUUAGCAUACAGUGAAAAGGAUCAGGCGGAAAAUUUGAUGAUUGUUGACUUGUUGAGGAAUGACCUUGGGCGUGUAUGUGAGCCUGGCUCUGUUCAUGUCCCAAAUCUCAUGGAAAUUGAAUCCUAUGCAACAGUUCAUACCAUGGUCAGUACAAUUCGGGGGAAAAAGCGAUCAGAUGCAAGUGCAAUUGAUUGUGUUAAGGCUGCAUUCCCUGGUGGGUCAAUGACAGGUGCACCAAAGUUGAGAUCAAUGGAACUUCUUGAUCAUCUUGAAAAUUGUUCUAGGGGCAUAUACUCAGGCUGCAUUGGAUUUUUUUCUUAUAACCAAGCAUUUGAUCUCAAUAUUGUGAUACGGACUGUUGUCAUACACGAGGGAGAAGCUUCAGUAGGAGCAGGAGGAGCCAUCACAGCUCUUUCAGAUCCCAAUGAUGAGUAUGAAGAAAUGAUUUUGAAAAGUCGAGCACCGAUUAAGGCUGUUCUUGAACAUCAGAGCAGCAUCUUCUCAUCAGAUACACAGAAGUGACAUGACCGGUUGAAAUGUCCAAUGCAGAAAUAGUGGUAUUGAACUCUCUUAGUUU